CAGAGGCGGUGGGGUGGUGAAGGAAAACGCGUUUAAAUUUUUUUAUUUUUUUGCACUGAACGAUAUUACCAGCUGUCACGGAGAUCACAAAUACAAACAAAGGAAACGUUUUCCGCCUCCCAAACGUAUAGUUUGUUCCCAUAUCUGACCGCCCAGGUUAUUUCUCAAUUUUAUUGGUGAAUAUAGCUGGCUAGCAAGCAAGCAAGCUAGCUGAUGAUCAAUACAUUGGCUACAUGGUAGCCGCAUAUCAAAGCAAACCGUAGCCUCAUAGGGCUCAAAGCUUUUUCACCCUUCUUUUUGGAACCACGCAUUUUUAAUCAUUGAGAGAAUACAGGAUUUACUGCGUUUCUGUGCGUGUUGGGGGGCGCACAUACACAAGAACAUUGGGGGUACGGCGCCCAGCUAGCUACGACUGGACAGGACCAGAAAAGCGGUCCAGUUGUGUGGAAUAUUCAUUGUUCUGUUUUUAUUUUUAUUCAUUUUUUUUUUAAAAUCCGUAUGAACAAUGUUAUCUUCCGUAACAAACAUGUUCGCUGCCGGAUUGCUUUUCCUAGGAUUUUUGCACAGUUCGGAGGUUAUCGUUCCAGGUAGUACAGCCAUUGGUGCUCCCAAGACCUGCAGCCCCAAGCAGUUUGUCUGUAAGGACCAGGUCACCUGCAUCUCCAAGGGGUGGCGCUGCGAUGGCGAGAAGGACUGCCCCGAUGGCUCUGAUGAGUCACCUGAUGUCUGUCCACACAGCCGGGUGUCUCGUUGCCCUCCCAAUGAGUACCAGUGCCUGGGCACAGACCUGUGCAUCCACAUGAGCAAGCUGUGUGACGGAGUCCAUGACUGCACUGACGGCUGGGAUGAGGGUCCGCACUGCCGAGAGCUCGCCUCCAACUGCACGCAAUUCGGCUGCCAGUACAGCUGCUCCCCGACCCUGACGGGACCCAUGUGCUACUGCAAGAGCGCCUACAAGAUCAGCCAGGAUGGGAAGACUUGUGAAGACUUUGAUGAGUGCACGGUGUACGGGACCUGCAGCCAGUCCUGCGCCAACACAGAGGGCUCCUACACCUGCAGCUGUGUGGAAGGCUACCUGCUGCAGCCAGACAACCGCUCCUGCAAGGCUAAGAAUGACCCAGUGGACCGGCCUCCAGUCCUCCUCAUAGCCAACUCCCAGAACAUCCAGGCCACGUCCCUGAGCGGCACCCCGGUCCACAGCCUGCUGUCCACCAGCACCAAGCAGACCACCGCCAUGGACUUCCUGUACGCCGAGGAGAUGGUGUGCUGGAUCCACGUGGGCGAUGCGGCCCCCGGCACCCAGCUCAAGUGCGCCAAGAUCCCCAACCUGAAGGGCUUCACUGAGGAGAGGACCAUCAACAUCUCCCUGAGCCUGCACCACGUGGAGCAGAUGGCCAUUGAUUGGCUGACGGGAAACUUCUACUUUGUGGACGACGUUGAUGACCGCAUCUUUGUCUGCGACAAGGACGGGGGCACGUGUGUCACAUUGCUGGAUCAGGAGCUCUACAACCCCAAGGGCAUCGCCCUGGACCCCACCAUGGGGAAGGUGUUCUUCACAGACUACGGCCAGAUCCCCAAGGUGGAGCGCUGUGACAUGGACGGGCAGAACCGCACCAAGCUGGUGGACAGCAAGAUCGUCUUCCCGCACGGCAUCACGCUGGACCUGGUCAACCGGCUGGUGUACUGGGCCGACGCCUACCUGGACUACAUCGAGGUGGUGGACUACGAGGGCAAGAACCGCCACACCAUCAUCCAGGGCCUGCUGAUCGAGCAUUUGUACGGCCUCACCGUGUUUGAGAACUACCUGUAUGCCACCAACUCGGACAACGCCAACAUGCAGCCCAAGACCAGCGUGAUCAGGGUCAACCGAUUCAACAGCUCAGACUACCACGUGGUCACCCGCGUGGACAAGGGGGGCGCCCUCCAUGUCUACCACCAGAGACGUCAGCCCCCAGUUCGGAGCCACGCCUGUGAGCCCGACCAGUUUGCGAAGGCGGGCGGCUGCUCCGACAUCUGCCUCCUGGGGAACAACCACAAGACCCGCACCUGCCGCUGCCGCUCUGGGUUCAGCCUGGGCAGCGACGGCAAGUCCUGCAAGAAGCCAGAACACGAGCUCUUCCUGGUGUAUGGGAAGGGCCGUCCGGGCAUCAUCCGGGGCAUGGACAUGAACGCCAAGGUGCCUGACGAGUACAUGAUCCCCAUCGAGAACUUGAUGAACCCCCGCGCCCUGGACUUCCACGCAGAGACGGAGUUCAUCUACUUCGCCGACGCCACCAGCUACCUCAUCGGCCGGCAGAAGAUCGACGGCACGGAGAGGGACACCAUCCUGAAGGAAGGCGUGCACACGGUGGAGGGCAUCGCCGUGGACUGGCUGGCAGACAACCUGUACUGGACGGACGACGGGCCCAAGAAGACCAUCAGCGUGGCGCGACUGGAGAAGGCCUCGCAGACGCGCAAGACCCUGAUCGAGGGCAAGAUGACCCACCCCCGCGCCAUCGUCCUGGACCCCGUGAACGGCUGGAUGUACUGGACGGACUGGGAGGAGGACCCCAGCGAGAGCAAGCGGGGGAGGAUCGAGCGGGCCUGGAUGGACGGCUCCAACCGGAACGUCUUCCUCACCUCCAAGACCAUCCUGUGGCCCAACGGGCUGAGUCUGGACAUCCCGCAGGGCGUGCUGUACUGGGUGGACGCGUACUACGACCGCAUCGAGAUGGUGUACAUCAACAGCACCGAGCGCAAGACUGUGUACGAGGGCCAGGAGCUGAACCAUGCCUUCGGCCUGUGCCACUACAAGCACUUCCUGUUCUGGAACGAGUACCGCAGCGGCAACAUCUACAAACUGGACCAGGUCACCAAGACCGUGACCCUGCUGCGCAACGAGCGACCGCCCAUCUUCGAGAUCCGCAUGUACGACGCCGUGCAGCAAGAAGGGACCAACGUGUGUAACGUGAAUAACGGCGGCUGCAGCAGCCUGUGUCUGGCCAUCCCCGGAGGCCGGCAGUGCGCCUGCGCAGAAGACCAGCUGCUGGACGCAGACGCAGUCAGCUGCAAAGCCAACCCCUCCUACAUCCCGCCCCCCCAGUGCCAGCCCGGGGAGUUUGCCUGUAAGAACAACCGCUGCAUCCAGGACCGCUGGAAGUGUGACGGAGACAACGACUGUCUGGACAACAGCGACGAGGCGCCCGAGCUCUGCCACCAGCACACCUGCCCCACGGACCGCUUCAAGUGCCAGAACAACCGCUGCAUCCCGCUGCGCUGGCUCUGCGACGGAGACAGCGACUGCGGAAACGAAGAAGACGAGGACGAGUCCAACACCACCUGCUCAGCGCGGACGUGCCCGCCCAACCAGUUCUCCUGCGCCAGCGGACGCUGCAUCCCCAUCUCCUGGACCUGCGACCUCGACGACGACUGUGGAGACCGAUCUGACGAGCCCGCCUCCUGUGCCUACCCCACCUGCUUCCCUCUCACCCAGUUCACCUGCGACAACGGCCGCUGCAUCAACAUCAACUGGCGCUGUGACAACGAUAACGACUGCGGGGACAACAGCGAUGAGGCGGGCUGCAGCCACUCCUGCUCCAGCGCGCAGUUCAAGUGCAACAGCGGCCGCUGCAUCCCGGAAUACUGGACCUGCGACGGCGACAACGACUGCGGCGACUUCAGUGACGAAACCCACGCCAACUGCACCAAUCAGGCCACGCGCCCGCCCGGCGGCUGCCACAUCGACGAGUUCCAGUGCCGCAUGGACGGGCUGUGCAUCCCCAUGCGCUGGCGCUGCGACGGAGACACCGACUGCAUGGACCUGAGCGACGAGAAGAACUGCGAGGGCGUCACGCACAUGUGCGACCCCGCCGUCAAAUUCGGCUGCAGGAACUCCGCCCGCUGCAUCAGCAAGGCCUGGGUGUGUGACGGAGACAGCGACUGCGAGGACAACUCUGACGAGGAGAACUGCGAGGCCCUCGUGUGCAAGCUGUCCCACCACGUCUGCGCCAACGACACCUCCAUCUGCCUGCCCGCCGAGAAGCUGUGCGACGGCACGGACGACUGCCCCGACGGCUCGGACGAAAAGCUCUGCGAUCUGUGCUCUCUGGAGAAUGGUGGCUGCAGCCACAACUGCACAGUGGCCCCGGGCGAGGGCAUCCUGUGCUCGUGCCCGCUGGGCAUGGAGCUGGGCGCCGACAACAAGACCUGCCAGAUCCAGAGCUUCUGCGCCAAGCACCUGAAGUGCAGCCAGCGCUGCGAGCAGGAGAAGAACCACGUCAAGUGCUCCUGCUACGAGGGCUGGGCCCUGGAGCCCGACAUGGAGAACUGCAAGAGCCUGGAUCCGUUCAAGCCCUUCAUCAUCUUCUCCAACCGGCACGAGAUCCGCCGCAUCGACCUGUACAAGGGCGAGUUCAGUGUCCUGGUGCCCGGCCUCCGCAACACCAUCGCCCUGGACUUUCACCUCAACCAGAGCUCCCUCUACUGGACCGAUGUCGUGGAGGACAAGAUCUACCGCGGCAAGCUGUCAGAGAACGGCGCUCUGACCAGCUUCGAGGUGGUUAUCCAGUAUGGGCUGGCCACCCCAGAGGGCCUGGCGGUAGACUGGAUCGCUGGAAACAUCUACUGGGUGGAGAGCAACCUGGACCAGAUUGAGGUGGCCAAGCUUGACGGCACCAUGCGCACCACCCUUCUGGCUGGGGAGGUGGAGCACCCUCGAGCCAUUGCCCUUGACCCCCGGAAAGGCAUUCUGUUCUGGACGGACUGGGACGCCAGCCUGCCCAGGAUAGAGGCGGCGUCCAUGAGCGGGGAGGGCCGGCGAACCAUCCACAAGGAGACGGGGAACGGUGGCUGGCCCAACGGGCUGACCGUGGACUACCUGGAGGAGCGCAUCCUGUGGAUCGACGCCAGGUCUGAUGCCAUCUACUCUGCCAAGUACGACGGGUCUGGGCUGAUUGAGGUCCUUCGAGGGCACGAGUACCUGUCUCAUCCGUUUGCUGUCACCAUGUAUGGAGGAGAGGUGUACUGGACUGACUGGCGCACCAACACCCUGGCCAAGGCCAACAAGUGGACCGGGAACAACGUGACUGUAGUGCAGAGGACCAACACUCAGCCUUUCGACCUGCAGGUCUACCACCCGUCCAGGCAGCCUCAAGCUCCUAAUCCAUGCAAUGGCAAUGACGGCCGAGGCCCCUGCUCCCAUCUGUGCCUGAUCAACUACAACCAGACCUUCUCCUGCGCCUGCCCCCACCUGAUGAAGCUGGGAACCGACAGGCACACCUGCUAUGAGUCCCGGCAGUUCCUCCUCUACGCCCGGCAGAUCGAGAUCCGAGGCGUGGACAUCGACAACCCCUACUACAACUACAUAAUCUCCUUCACCAUGCCGGACAUCGACAACGUGACAGUGCUGGACUACGACGCCGUGGAGCACCGGAUCUACUGGUCGGACGUGCGCACGCAGACCAUCAAGCGCGCCUUCAUCAACGGCACUGGGGUGGAGACGGUGGUGUCUGCCGACUUGCCAAACGCUCAUGGCUUGGCAGUGGACUGGGUCUCCCGAAACCUGUUCUGGACAAGCUACGAUGCCAACAAGAAGCAGAUCAAUGUGGCUCGACUGGACGGCUCCUUUAAGAACGCUGUUAUCCAGGGCCUGGACAAACCACACUGCCUGGUGCUGCAUCCUAUCUUAGGAAAGUUGUACUGGACAGAUGGAGACAACAUCAGCAUCGCCAACACGGACGGCACCAACCGCAGUCUCCUGUUCACCAAUCAGAAAGGGCCCGUCGGCCUGUCCAUCGACUUUGAGGAGGAGCGUCUGUACUGGGUCAGCUCGGCCAACAGCACCAUCAGCCGCUGCCGGCUGGACGGGACGGGCCUGGAGGUUCUGGAGGGGGUGAAGGGCAAGCUGACCAAGGCCACAGCGCUGGCCAUCAUGGGAGACAAGCUGUGGUGGGCGGACCAGGGCACAGAGCAGAUCGGGACGUGUGACAAGAUUGACGGAGGAAACUGGAAGGUUCUGAGGAACAGCACAUCCCCCAUGAUGCACAUGAGGAUCUACAACGAGACCGUGCAGAAAGGCACCAACCUGUGCAGCACUAAUAAUGGAGACUGCUCCCAGCUGUGCCUGCCUACCUCCCCCACCACCCGGGCCUGCAUGUGCACCGCCGGGUACAGCCUGAGGAGCGGCCAGAGAUCCUGCGAGGGUGUGGGCUCCUUCCUGCUGUACUCUGUGCACGAGGGAAUCCGAGGGAUACCCCUGGAGCCCUCCGACAAGUCCGACGCCCUGGUGCCCGUCUCUGGCACCUCCCUGGCUGUGGGCAUCGACUUCCACGCUGACAACGACACCAUCUACUGGGUGGACAUGGGCUUGAGCACCAUCAGCCGUGCCAAGAGAGACCAGACCUGGCGCGAGGACGUGGUGACCAAUGGCAUCGGCCGAGUGGAGGGCAUCGCAGUGGACUGGAUCGCUGGGAAUAUUUACUGGACUGACCAGGGCUUUGACGUGAUUGAGGUGGCCAGGCUGAACGGGUCGUUCCGUUACGUGGUGAUCUCCCAGGGUCUGGACAAGCCAAGGGCCAUCACUGUGCACCCAGAGAAAGGGUACCUGUUCUGGACUGAGUGGGGUCAGUACCCACGCAUCGAGAGGUCCCGUCUGGACGGGACCAAGAGGGCCGUGCUGGUGAACGUCAGCAUCAGCUGGCCCAACGGCAUCUCCAUCGAUUACCAGGAGGGCCUCUUGUACUGGUGCGAUGCCCGGACGGACAAGAUUGAGCGCAUCGACUUGGAGACGGGGGAGAACCGCGAGGUGGUGCUGGCCAACAACAACAUGGACAUGUUCUCCGUGUCAGUCUUUGAGAGCUACAUCUACUGGAGCGACAGGACUCACGCAAAUGGCUCCAUCAAGCGGGGACACAAGGACAACGCCACCGAUUCCAUUUCUCUGAGGACAGGCAUUGGUGUACAGCUUAAAGACAUCAAGGUCUUCAACCGUGCCAGACAGCAGGGGACAAACAUUUGCAAAGACAACAACGGUGGCUGCCAACAGCUCUGCCUUUUCCGUGGCAACGGGCAGCGCACCUGCGCCUGUGCCCACGGCAUGCUGGCGGAAGACGGGAGCAGUUGCCGCGACUACGAAGGCUACCUGCUAUACUCGGAGCGCACCAUUUUAAAGAGUGUCCACCUAUCGGACGAAAGCAACCUAAACGCGCCCAUCAAACCGUUCGAGGACCCGGAACACAUGAAGAACGUCAUCGCCCUCACAUUCGACUACCGCGGGGGCGGCGGGAAAGGCGCCAACCGCAUCUUCUUCAGCGACAUCCACUUCGGCAACAUCCAGCAGAUCAACGACGACGGCUCCGACCGCAAGACCGUGGUGGAGAAUGUGGGUUCGGUCGAAGGGCUGGCCUACCACCGAGCCUGGGACACCCUGUACUGGACCAGCUACACCACCUCCACCAUCACCCGUCACACGGUGGACCAGGGCCGCUGGGGCGCCUACGACCGCGACACCGUGGUCACCAUGUCCAGCGACGACCACCCGCGGGCCUUCGUGCUAGACGAGUGCCAAGACCUGAUGUUCUGGACCAAUUGGAACGAGCAGUCUCCCAGCAUCAUGCGAGCCUCCCUGUCAGGCGCCAACGUGCUGGUGAUCAUCGGCAAUGACAUCCGCACGCCCAACGGCCUGGCCAUCGACCACCGGGCCGAGAAGCUGUACUUCUCCGACGCCACGCUGGACAAGAUCGAGCGCUGCGAGUACGACGGCUCGCACCGCUACGUGGUGUUGAAGAACGAGCCGGUGCACCCCUUCGGGCUGGCCGUCUACGGCGACUACAUCUUCUGGACCGACUGGGUUCGCAGAGCCGUCCUCCGGGCCGACAAGUACGUGGGCGGAGACAUGAAGGUCCUGCGGGCCGACAUACCCCAGCAGCCAAUGGGCAUCGCCGCCGUGGCCAAUGACACCAACAGCUCAGGUGAAUUCUCCCCUUGUCGGGUGAACAACGGGGGCUGUCAGGACCUGUGCCUGCUCACCUCUGAUGGGAGGGUCAACUGUAGUUGCCGCGGAGACCGCAAGCUGAUGGAGGACAGCACCUGCACCGCUCUGAACACCACGUGUAACAGCAUCGACGAGUUCGAGUGCGGGAAUGGCGACUGCAUCAACUACAGCCUGACCUGCGACGGCAUGGCGCACUGCAAGGACAAGUCGGACGAGAAGCAGUCCUACUGCGCCAACCGCGUGUGCAAGAAAGGCUACAGACGCUGCAUCAACGGCCGCUGCAUCGCCCACCGCUUCUGGUGCAACUCCAUGGACGACUGCGGGGACAACUCGGACGAGCUGCCCUGCAAUGCGACCCUGUGCACCGCGGAGGAGUUCCAGUGCCGAAACGGAGGCUGCAUCUCCAACUCCACCCGCUGCAACCAGGUGGUGGACUGCGACGACGCCAGCGAUGAGAUGAAUUGCCCUCCCACUGAUUGUUCCAGCUACUUCCGUCUGGGAGUGAAGGGUUUGUCGUACCAGAAGUGUGAGUUCACCACUUUCUGCUACGACACGUCAUGGCUGUGCGAUGGGUCCAACGACUGCGGAGACUUCUCUGAUGAGAGAAACUGUCCAGAAAAGAAGAAGACCAAGUGCCCCGUGAACUUCUUUGCCUGCCCCAGUGGCCGCUGCAUCCCCACAAGCUGGACCUGCGACAAGGAGAACGACUGUGAGAACGGGGCAGACGAGACACACUGCGACAAGUUUUGCACGGCCACGCAGUUCGAGUGCGGUAACCACCGCUGCAUCUCUGACCGCUGGGUCUGUGACGGGGCGGACGACUGCGGGGACGGCACGGACGAGGACAGCCGCUGCAAAAACAAGACUUGCAGCCCUGAGGCGUUCCAGUGCCCUGGCACCCACCUGUGUGUCCCCCAGCGCUGGAAGUGUGACGGGGACAAGGACUGUCCCGACGGCGGUGACGAGAGUGUCAAGGCUGGAUGCGUGUUCAACAACACCUGCGAGGACAGCGAGUUCAUGUGUCAGAACCGCCAGUGCAUCCCCAAGCACUUCGUCUGCGACCAUGACAACGACUGCGGCGAUGGCUCCGACGAGUCGCCAGAGUGCGAGUACCCCACGUGUGGGCCCAACGAGUUCCGCUGUGCCAACGGCCGCUGCCUGACCCAGGGCCGCUGGGAGUGCGACGGAGAUUUCGACUGCCACGACCGCUCGGAUGAGGCUCCCAAAAACCCGCACUGCACCAGCCCCGAGAAGAAGUGCAACGACACGGCCUUCGUGUGUAAGAACGGGAACUGCCUGAACGAGACGCUGCUGUGCGACCGCAACGACGACUGUGGGGACGGCUCGGACGAGCUCAACUGCUUCGUCAACGAGUGUCUGAACCGCAAGCUGAGCGGCUGCUCGCAGCUCUGCGAGGACCAGAAGAUCGGCUACAAGUGCAGGUGCCUGCACGGGUUCCACCUGAAGGACGACGGGAAGACCUGCGUGGACAUCGACGAGUGCACCUCCACCUACCCCUGCUCGCAGCGCUGCAUCAACACCUACGGAAGCUUCCAGUGCCUGUGCGUGGAGGGCUUCCUGCAGCGGCCCGACGACCACACGGCCUGCAAGUCCACCUCCGAGGAGGAGCCAUUCCUCAUCUUUGCUAACCGCUACUACCUGAGGAAGCUGAACCUGGACGGCUCUAACUACACCCUGCUAAAGCAGGGACUGAACAACGCGGUUGCCCUAGACUUUGACUACAGGGAGCAGAUGAUCUACUGGACAGACGUGACCACACAGGGGAGCAUGAUCCGUCGCAUGAACAUCAACGGCAGCAAUGUGCAGGUGCUGCACCGCACCUCUCUCAGCAACCCUGACGGAUUGGCUGUGGACUGGGUGGGCGGGAACCUGUACUGGUGCGAUAAGGGCCGGGACACCAUCGAGGUGUCGAAGCUGAACGGGGCCUACAGGACGGUGCUGGUGAACACAGGUCUGAGGGAGCCGCGUGCUGUCGCUGUGGAUGUCCGCAACGGGUACCUGUACUGGUCCGACUGGGGCGACAACCCCCACAUCGGCCGCAUCGGCAUGGACGGCACCAACCGCAGCGUGAUCGUGCAGGACCGCAUCACCUGGCCCAACGGCCUGACGCUCGACUUCAUCAACGACCGCAUCUACUGGGCCGACGCCCGUGAAGACUACAUAGAGUUCGCCAGCCUGGACGGCACCAACCGCCACACGGUGCUGAGCCAGGAUAUCCCUCACAUCUUCGCCAUGACGCUGUUCGAGGAGUUCAUCUACUGGACCGACUGGGAGACCAAGUCCAUCAACCGUGCUCACAAGUCCCUGGGCACCAACAAAACCAUGCUGAUCAGCACCCUGCACAGGCCCAUGGACAUUCACAUCUUCCACCCGUACCGCCAGCCAGAAGUGUCUAACCACUCCUGCCAGACAGACAACGGGGGCUGCAGCAACCUGUGCCUGCUCUCUCCAGGAGGGGGACACAAGUGCGCCUGUCCCACCAACUUCUACCUGGCCAACGACGGGCGCCAGUGCAUGUCCAACUGCACAGCCAGCCAGUUUGUUUGCCAGAAUGACAAGUGCAUCCCCUUCUGGUGGAAGUGUGACACAGAGGAUGACUGCGGGGACCGGUCUGACGAGCCCGCCGACUGCCCUGAGUUCAAGUGCCGCCCGGGUCAGUUCCAGUGCGGCACCGGGAUCUGCACCAAUCCGGCCUACAUCUGCGACGGAGACAACGACUGCCAGGACAACUCCGAUGAGGCUAACUGCGAUAUCCAUGUGUGUCUGCCAAGCCAGUUUAAAUGCUCCCAUCCCAGUCGCUGCAUACCCGGAAUCUUCCGCUGCAACGGCCAGGACAACUGUGGAGAGGGAGAGGACGAGAGGGACUGCCCCGAGGUCACCUGCGCCCCUAACCAGUUCCAGUGCGCCAUCACCAAGCGCUGCAUCCCGCGCGUGUGGGUGUGUGACCGCGACAACGACUGCGUGGACGGCUCCGACGAGCCCGCCAACUGCACCCAGAUGACCUGCGGCGUGGAUGAGUUCCGCUGUAAAGACUCGGGCCGCUGCAUCCCGGCCCGCUGGAAGUGUGACGGGGAGGACGACUGUGGAGACGCCUCCGACGAGCCCAAGGAGGAGUGUGAUGAGAGAACCUGCGAGCCCUAUCAGUUCCGCUGCAAGAAUAACCGCUGCGUUCCGGGCCGCUGGCAGUGUGACUAUGACAACGACUGCGGGGAUAACUCGGACGAGGACAAGUGUGUGCCGCGGAAGUGCUCGGAGAGCGAGUUUGCCUGCACUAAUGGCCGCUGCAUCGCGGGGAGGUGGAAGUGUGACGGAGACCACGACUGUGCUGAUGGGUCUGACGAGAAUGGCUGCGAUCUGAAGUGCGACAGCGACCAGUUCCAGUGCAAGAACGGCCACUGCAUCCCCAUCCGCUGGCGCUGCGACGCCGACGCUGACUGCAUGGACGGCAGUGACGAGGAGAAGUGCGACAGCGGGGUUGGGCGACACUGCCCCCUGGAUGAGUUCCAGUGCAAUAACACCCUGUGUAAGCCGCUGGGCUGGAAGUGUGACGGAGAGGACGACUGCGGGGACAACUCGGACGAGAACCCUGAAGAGUGCAAGCAGUUCCAGUGCCCACCGACACGCCAGUUCCGCUGCCAUAAUGACCGCGUCUGCCUGGGCGUCAGCAAGCAGUGCAACGGCAUCGACAACUGCGGGGACAACAGCGACGAGCUGAACUGCCAGGUGCCCCCGCCCACGCCCGUCUGCGAGAAGGACGAGUUCCCCUGCAGCAACAGCAAGUGCAUCAGCUCCACGCUGCGCUGCAACUUCUACAACGACUGCGAGGACUACGGCUCCGACGAGAUUGGCUGCAAGAAAGACACUGCGCUGAACGACUGCCGCAGCAACAGGACCCUGUGCGGAGACGGAGACGAGGCGCACUGCGUCACCAACGGCACCAACUCCUUCUGCUCCUGCAAACCGGGCUUCCAGAAGACAGACCACAACACCUGCGAAGAUAAGAAUGAGUGCAAGCAGUUUGGUGUCUGCUCCCACAUCUGCAACAACACCAAGGGCUCCUACAAGUGCAGCUGCCACAAGUACUUCACCAAGAUUAACGACACCUGCAAGGCUGACAAUCUCAACAGCAACAGGCAGGUGCUCUACAUCGCCGACGACAACGAGAUCCGCAGUCUGGACCCCGGCAGGCCCAACGGGCUGUACGAGCAGACGUUCCAGGGAGACGCCAACGUCCGCAUCAACGCCAUGGACCUGCACGUCAAGUCCAACAAGAUCUUCUGGACCAACUGGCACACAGGCCGCAUCUCUGUCUACGAGCUCCCUGCCUCCUCGCCCAAUUCCAAUUCCAAUUCCAAUUCCAAUUCCAAUUCCAACUCCAACUCCAACUCCAACUCCAACUCCAACUCCAAUUCUAAUUCCAAUUCCAAUUCCAACUCCAAUUCCAACUCCAACUCCAAUUCUAACUCCAACUCCAACCGCAAGCGCAGGCAGACUGAGACGCGCAUCACCGACCUGGAGAUCCCUGGGCUGAAGAUGCCUCGCGGGAUUGCGGUGGACUGGGUCGCCAGGAACAUCUACUGGACCGACUCCGGGCGGGAUGUGAUCGAGGUGGCCCAGAUGAACGGGCAGAACCGCAAGACCCUGAUCUCUGGCAUGAUUGACGAGCCCUACGCCAUCGUGGUGGACCCCCAGAGAGGGACCAUGUACUGGGCGGACUGGGGGAACCAUCCCAAGAUCGAGACUGCAGCCAUGGACGGGACCAUGAGGGAAACGCUAGUCCAUGACAACAUCCAGUGGCCCACAGGCCUGGCCGUGGACUACUUCAACGAGCGUCUGUACUGGGCCGACGCCAAACUGUCCGUCAUCGGCAGCGUGAGGCUCAACGGCACCGACCCCGUGGUGGCCGUCAGCAGCGUGAAAAACAACCUCCACCUCCCCUUCAGCAUAGACAUCUUCGAGGACUACAUCUACGGCGUCACCUACAUGAACAACUUUGUUUUCCGCGUGAACAAGUUCGGAAAGGGGACCAUGGAGAACCUGACCACGGGCAUGAACCACGCCACCGACAUCGUGCUGUACCACCGAAACAAGCAGCCAGAGAUGACCAACCCCUGCGACCGCAAGAAGUGUGAGUGGCUGUGUCUCCUGAGCCCCAGUGGACCCGUGUGCACCUGCCCCAAUGGCCACACGCUGGACAACGGCACCUGUGUGGAGCUGCCCUCCCCCACGCAGUCGCCUGGGCCCCCGCCCGCGGGACCCUGCACAGUGCAGUGUCUGAACGGAGGCAGCUGCUUCCUCAAUGCCCGCAAGCAGCCCAAAUGUCGCUGCCAGCCCAACUACAGCGGGGAGACGUGCGAGAUCGACCAGUGCCGCGACUACUGCCAGAACGGGGGCACCUGCACUGCCUCCCCAACAGGGACGCCCACCUGUCGCUGCCAGACGGGCUUCACCGGGCCCAACUGCAACCAGCAAACCUGCAAGAGCUACUGCCAGAACGGCGGCAACUGCACCGUCAACCAGGGCAACCAGCCCACCUGCCGCUGCCCAGACGACUUCCUGGGAGACCAGUGCCAGUUCCGGGCGUGCGAGGGGCACUGCCAGAACGGCGGAGAGUGUCUGCAGGCCCCCAACGGGGCCAAGCACUGCCGCUGCCCCCCGCAGUACAACGGGCACUCCUGCGAGAUCGACAAGUGCCACUACUGCUGGGAGGGCAAGUGCAUCCGCAACGUCUUCCUGUCCAACGGAGACGUCACCUGCAGGUGCUCAGAUGGGAGGGUCCAGCCCAGCUGUUACUCGUGUAAAGAGUACUGCAUCUACGGACAGUGCUCCAUCAACCCCCGCACAAAGCUGCCAGAGUGCCAGUGUCCUGCAGGCUGGAUGGGAUAUCGCUGUGACACGCCUAGUGCUGCUGUGGACUCCUCUGCUUCAAGCGGCAGAACCGCCUCCAUCGUUAUACCAGUGCUCCUGCUGCUCCUGUUGGUGCUGCUUGUCGCUGGCGCCAUCUUGUGGUACAGGAAGAGAAUGCGUGGGUCUGUAAGGCUGGGCAAAUCCUGCUCCAGACGCUCGCGCGCUAAGGGCUUCCAGCACCAGCGGAUGACCAACGGGGCCAUGAAUGUGGAGAUCGGGAACCCAGCGUACAAGAUCUAUGAGGGCGAGCCAGACGACGACUCUGGGGAGCUCCUGGAUUCAGACUUCACGCUGGACCCUGACAAGCCCACAAACUUCACCAACCCCGUCUACGCCACCCUGUAUAUGGGCGCCCACAACAGCCGCAACUCCCUGACCAGCACGGACGAGAAGAGAGAGCUACUGUCCAGAGGGGACGAGGACAUGGGGGACCCGCUGGCAUAGACUGACGCCCCCUACUGUCAGCAAAACGCCGCUACACAACAUUUAUCACCUUUUUAUUUUGCCUUUUAAAGAAAAUAAAAGUACGAAAAGCAACAAAAAAAGCAAGAACACUGUAUAAAAUGUACAAAAUGAAGGACUACUUUUGUAUGUGAUUGCAGUAUUAUAUUUUGUUCUUUUACAAUUCUUCUGGUCAAAAAAAAGAACCUUUUUCUAAAAGAUUUUUUUUUCUUUUUUUUUCUUUUUUUCUUUUUUUUAACUUUUCACCCCUCCCCUUUACCCAAAUAGCCACUACCUCUGUGCAACAAUGAAAUGGGGGGAGACAGAAGGAAGGAGAAGAAACAGAACAACAGUGGAACAAUUUUAAUUUUUUAUUUUUGUAUGAAUUGUAUAGACAAAAAAACAUUGUUCCAUUCAAUAGCGGCAAGUGUCUGUUGUUUGCGGAGAUAGAGAGGUGGAGGGUGAGCUCGGAGCUAAAGUAAAAUAGCUAGCCCCGUGUGCACCUGUAUCGGUACUGCUGGACGUCCCUGGAGAGAGGAUCCAGGAGAGUUGCGUUUGGGGUGUACAGCACAUGUAAAAUGGUGGCUUGGUGGCAUCUUCAGUCUUUUCCAUGUUUUUCACUCAGAAGCCAGUGUUCGAGAAUGACUGCGUUUUCUUCCUUGCACAGACAGAUAAUUGCUUAAGUGUUUUAAAACUAUCCACAAGAAUGCAAACAUAUACCAUAAACAAAAAAAAUAAGGACAGUAUGUUUUAUCAUGUUUUAAAGUUUUAGGGUUGGAGAGAUGUACAAAUAGAUUUAAUGUGCAUAAAAAUGAAUUUGUGUAUGUCGAGGGAGGUGACUGUGAUGGAACAUUCCGGGGGUUGUGGUGCUUCCAAGAUGGCAGACUGGCAGCAGACAGGGACCGUAAUCCAUGUAAGCAGAACAUCUGUGUUUUGCAUGUAGAGACUUCUGACUCGUCCCUACAAAUCUUCACAGAGUCUGUGAGGCAGGUUUUCUGUUCAGCACUGUAUAGUGGGUGGUCGGUGUGUGGUCAGAAGUAUGGUAAUGAGGAAAAAAGACAGGGAAGUGUAUCUUCUUUCUCACUAACUUUUUUUGUAAGGGCUGGACAGCAUACAGUAUACAUGGCACUUCUGUGUGGAUUUUAGUGAUUUUUUUAAAAAGAUGAUUUUGCUCAUGCAGUAGGUUUCUGUUAAUGCUCAUUUUAAGCGCAAUCCGAAGAGUUCUGUAAUGUCUCUAGUUGCAUUUACUCUGUCUUUGUUGUUUUUUUUCGCCACGCUGCUAACGCUACAGUUUGUCUGUUUGAUACAUUCAAGCUCAGCUAUUCACAUGCUGCUGAGUUGCUGCUUGUGUUGGAGGUGAUCAGCCAUAUUAAAUGCAUGUGAAACAACAAAACAAAAGGAAAAUUACUAGAGUAACAUUCCUCACCCAACACCACGCAACAGUAUUCAUGCGAGUGUGAUUUAGAUUUUUUUGUUAAUUUCAGCUCUUCUUGCUUGUUCAUUUUUGAUUGCGAUGGAGAAACGAGUACAAUCAUUUGUUCUAAAAACUUUUGCAAAAUCAUACAUGCAUUUUUUUAAGAUUUUGUUUUUGUUUUAUUUUUUUAAAAAAUGACAAAAUAGCUUUUAUAGUAGAAAUGCAUGGAUGCUCAGACUUUCUUCUGGAAAGAACGUUUUUUUUUUUUGCUGGAGUACUUUACAAACUAAAUAACAGAUAUUGUUAUAAAUAAAAAUUUUAAAAGUGUACAGAAAAAAA